UCAAAACAACAUGGCGGCAUGUCCUCAGAAAGAAAACAACACAGAUGAACAUCUCCAAAACGUGAAACACAUGCUUUCUCGUAUUGCAAGCACUGAUGCUGUUGUUAAAAGCCAGCAGAGGGGCGAACCCGAAUUAGCUGUGGAUGAGAAAAUUGCUAUUUUGCACGAGCUUUAUGAUAAAAAACCAACUUCUUUUCUUAUGCGAUUUGGAAGAUAUCUUUCUGAAGAAGACCUUGGAAAUUUCGAACAUUUAAAGGGAGAUUACGAGAUAGAUUUUCGUCUCAAAGAAGUAAAAAAUAUCCUUGAUGGUAAGAAGAAGAAAACGGGAAUACGUAACAGACGGUAUGAAUGUUUACAGAGAUUAAUGAAAGGCACGGAUUACUUUAGCGAGGAGAACAUGAGAAAAAGGUCCCCUCUUCUUUACGAACAAUACAUAGGUCAGUAUCUUACAGCAGAGGAAAAACUUGACCGGGACAGAGCUGAAAUUGGAGGCGAUCUGUGCCUGUCACAAAUGAUCAUGAACAGACAGGAGAAGGAAAUGAACGAUUGGUAUCUUGAAUAUCAGAGAGAUCAAGAAGCUUGUCUAGAAGAAGAGGAAGAAGAAUCAGAUAUGGAGAGCGACUGCUCAAUCGAUAAAGUGGAACCUGGGAGUCCAAUCAAGGGAUGCCCUACUAAGGAAGAAAAACUUAUGCUCCAUGAGGAAUUUCUUAGUGCAAUGCAAGACAAAUUCAUGAGAGGUGAAGAAGAAGAGUUUGACUACAGUUCAGUUGAUGGAAAUGAUGAUUAUGAUGAUCUGACCAUACGAGGAAGAGAUGAAGAAGAACAGUACUUUGAUAGUGAAGACAUGUAAAUGCCUCACCUUUUAAAUCUAUCAAUCUAUUACAUAUACACAACUGUAUACUCAACUCAUGAAGUUACCCAUGGGGUCAUGGUAGCUAAUGAUCAGCACACAGGAUUCUGGAUCAAAAGGUUGGCAGUAUUGUUUGCUGUUGAAUCUUGAGAGUCAGUGAAAGAGAAACUUAAUAACAAAGUAGACACCACUGGAAUAUCUCUAUAAUGUUUGUGCUCAUUUAUUUGUUUCUUCGUCUUGAUUAUUUAUCAUGGAUUGAGAAUUCAUCACCCUUAAAUAACCUACCAUGUAGCAUGGAAAAUUAAAAAAAAAAAAAGCAAAAAUAAUAAUAAUUGUACAUUUGGGAGCUGUCUCUGUCCCCUGUGUGACUUCCUCAUUUUAAAAUCAGGGUUCGCAUGUGCCUUGAAAGUCCUUGAAUCUCAAAAUAAAAAUUCAAGGCCUUGAAAGUCCUUGAAUCUCAAAAUAAAAAUUCA